GUUCCUGCUUUUUCAGUGGGAAAAUGGGAAGAACCCAAAAGAACAGCAAGCAUUGUUACUUCAUCAGGAAGAAGUCAUAUGAUCUCAUUUCACUGGUAAAUGUUUGACUACAUAUUUGCUUUUUCUCAUUGAAGAAAACAUGAUUUGAGAGCUGACUAACUUGGAACACACGGAAACGGUUCUCAAGGGCCAGGAAGAGGACUCAGGAAGAGGCAGAUGAGCUUCCACUUAGGCUGAGUUCUCAUUAUUUGAAAGGUUGUAGUUGAGGGACAACUGUCACUUGAGAGUGAAAAGCUCUCUCUUCUUAAGGAAAACAAGAUGCUUUCCACAUAUGUAUGGACUGCACAAACAAACAGCACUUGUGUGACCUCCAUUGAUAUGGAACUCUUCCUGCACUAUUCACUCAUUCCAUCAUUUUUCAUAAUUAUGGUUCUGUCCUUCCUCCAAAGAAGAGUUCAUCACAAGCAGAUAGAUGACAAGUCAUAUCUCCUUGGUAAUCGUUUUGGGAUUGUUAUGCCCCUGGAUUUCAUUGGAACAUUCAAUAAUCGAUGGUCAUAUGGAGUUGCAUUCGGAGCUGCAGCAAAUAAAGUCAUGUUCUUAUUUUCUGAAGGCUACCAGCCCCUGCAAGUACCACAGUGGGCACAAGCUAUUGUACUCCUGAUAGGAGGCAUCGAAGUUGGACUCUCACAUUUUCCAUUUUUUGCCUGCCUUUCAUCAGACUUUCGACUAAUAAGUUCCAUUCUUGGAUUUAUGUACUCUCUAAUUUGGUUUGUCAUCACAACCUUGCAUAUUGUCCAGUGUCCACAUGGGCAGCUAAUUGGGGAGUACGAAACAGUUAUCUUCUACUGGCCCUCCCUGCUCUGUCUGGCUUUCCUCUUAGGCCGUUUUGUGUACAUGUUUGUAAAAGCUCUGAAGAUUCAUCUAGGCUUGGAGGUUCAAAAUGAAGAAAGAUCCUUCCUGGAAGUUCAUCAAGCAGAGCAUGUGAAACAGCUCAUGAGGAAACCACCAGAACAAGAAGAAGAGAAAUCCUGGUUCCAACGGAGGAUCUAUGAGUGGGAUCCUUAUUUUCAGUUCCCAAGUCGUAUGAUUGGUGCUACUGUAUUAGCCUUCAUCUGCUUAUAUCUUUUUAUUAUAAUUGAAUUUUGCAUCUACACAUACAUUGUACAAGAGCUAGAUGUAUUUGAGGGGGGACUGGAGAGCUACAUUGCUUCAGUUAAUGAUACAGGAGUACUGACACCAGCUAUUCUACAAAUAAAGGAGCUGAUUACCGUGGCAAAAGGCGUUUGGAUGCUGACCAUUUUUUCUGCCUCCCUCACUUGUAUAAGCUAUUUAUUUCACAUUUUAGCCUGCUACAGAAAACAUAUAAAAAGGCUGUGGUUAGGUGAGAAAAGUUUCAUUCCUUCGAAGUUUCACAAUCCUUCCUCUUCCAAUAGUGUGGUGGCCAUAGCAAGAUAUUCAGGUUGGCAAAUAGCAUAUAUUUUGUGGGGUUACCUCAUUAUUCACGUGGUCCAGUGUCUGUUUGGUGUGAUGAUCAUGUACGGUUUGGUUUUACCAGUAAUUCACAACCAAGGACUGGAAAUGCUGAAAGGUUUGGGAAUUGGAAUUCUCACCAUUUCUAUUGUUGUGGGACUCAUGAUUUUACAACUAAAGAUAGCAGCCAGAUUUUUCCUUCAGCCAAAGAUUAAACCUGGAGAUAGGCAAAAACCAUUAGCUCUAAACAAUAGGAAAGCAUUUCACAACUUCAAUUAUUUUCUGUUUUUCUACAAUGUGCUUCUGGGCCUGGGAGCUUGUUUGUUCAGACUAUUUGUCAGUUGCAUCCUGGGAACCUGGCUAAUAGCACGCAUAGACAGGACUAUCAUGCAGAAUGGUUAUGAAGCUGCAGACAUGGGAUUCCAAGCCUGGAUUGGCAUGCUAUUUGUGGACCAUUAUCAUACCAACCCUGUACUCGUUGGUUUCUGCCAUAUCUUAUUGACGUGCAAUAAUGAGAGAAAACUACAGAAAUCCAUCCCCUACUGGCACUUAAAUCAUUCACCUGCUUCAAGUGAGCCUGUCGGCCAAGAGAGAAUAAGUGGACCGCAGGAGAAACCACGUUUAUUUAAAGAGAUCAUACUUGACAAAGCUCAACCAUCAAAAGAAACUGAUUCAUUAAUGAAUGCCAGUAGUGGUGAAUCAAGCAAGGAAGAUAUCUCAAGCAUCAGUGCUGUUUCCACAAGAUCUGCGUCUGAUGAAGAGAAACUCUUGUCUGAAAUCCAAGAGGAGAAACGAAUACUAGAAGAAUUAAAAGUGACUAUGGACAAAUCCCUCCCAAUGUCACAGGACAUGGCUAAUAUCCAAGAAUCUUCAGAGGAAGACAGAGAUUAUUUUAGAAACAAAUCUUCAAGAGAAGGCUAUUUCACAUCACUAGGUUCUCUGCCAAGCGACCUCCAGCCCCAAGCAUAUAAGCAUGCAUUGGAAAAUAUCAGAGGUGCCAAGAACAACAUCAGAAAACUGUUGUACCAGCUCUAUGAAGCAAUUGAAUUGACUUAUCAAAGUAAGCAAGGUGCCGAGGAUCGGCAGAAUUACCAUAAGGCCUUACUUGAAUUGUGGAUCAACUGGAAUAGGAGCCAGUGUGAAAAUGUGGAUGAUGAUGAAGAGACACAGCUCCUGGAAAUCAGGGCUCUGGGCAUGUCUCACAGCAUUGCCCUGAAAUUACAGUCAGCCUUCAUGGACCUCAUGCCUAAAGUCCGAGGUCUCCCAAGCAGCCUACAAGACAAGCUCCAACAGGCCUGUUAUGACAUGCAGGACCUUCAUAACACCUUUUCCCUAAGUAAUGGGUUUGAAGAUCUAGACAAGCAUCAUCUGACCCAGAGCCAGUUUAAACUGACCCAAGCCCAGGGAAGUAUAGAAGAGUUGUUUUGUUUCUUAGAGGAUAGUAUUCCUUCUGGAUGGAUCAUAGGACCCCUUUCCCCCACCGAAUAUCCCUUCACAGGUAAUGGCACUUCCUAA